AUGAAAGACACAUUGAUGCAACCAACCCCCAAACAUAAUAGAGACGUCCUACAAAUACCACCAACUAGAGAGACAAUCAAUCUCUUGACGAAAGAAUUCUAUAAAAUAGUCUCAAAUCCUUUAGAUCAUAUUACAGUCAAACCUGACGAGCAAAAUAUUUGCGUGUGGUAUUUCUUGGUCAAUGGUUUUGAAGAAACACCUUACUUUAGGGGGUUGUAUCUUGGAGUCAUGAUCUUUCCAUCCGAUUUCCCUUAUUCUCCCCCCGAACUACAGAUGAUAUCACCUAGUGGCCGAUUUAAGACAAGGGUCCCCCUAUGCCUCACACUUUCAAGCUUUCAUAAAGAGCUCUGGAAUGCUACCUGGUCUAUCGAUAAGAUAUUAAUCGGGUUCGUUUCAUUCAUGAACUCAUCAGAAAAAAGUGUGGGCACCCUAAUUCUGAGCGAAGAUGUUAAAAUAGAGUUGGCUCAGAAAUCGAAAGAGUGGCUACAUGCCUCUUGUAGCAUAUUUAAAGUCAUAUUUCCGGAAGAAUAUGGCCUUUUAGACCUUGCUUUCAAUUCUCAUUUAAUUACUUAUGUCUUGAACGAGCCUUUACAGUCUCAUUCCAGAGAAAAAGAAGCACUUAAAAGACUCAAACACUACAUACAACAUAGUGCUAAUGCAAGAAUUGCUCUUUCAGAGUAUCCUAUUAGGCUUCAGGAUUUUAUGCUCCAUCAAUAUUUUUCUCUUUCAUCUUCUUCAGAAGAUAUACAAAAGCUAGAGCUUGUCAUGCCUUUGACACCACAAGAGACCACCAUAUCAGACGAAUAUAGUGAAGAAAGCUUCUCUAGUCUCGAGCUUAGUGAUUGA